AUGGCUGCAGUCAUGGCGAAGCCUGCGGGCACGGCGACCAAGAUGAAGAAGCCCCCCACGCCCGUGCUGCAGACAAAUAUCAACGGACACAAGCCUACAGCGCCCUCUGCCUCUCCAUCCAGCGUGCGCAAGAGCCUUCCUGGACAGAUUCAAACCCCGACGUCUGCGACCAGCAAUACCGCCGCGACAAACGGCGCAGCUCGACCGAAUCGGCGGCUUCAGCGCUUGACCACAAGAAAUAACACGGUGGACAGUGGACCCCAGGAUAAACGGGCGGCCAAGAAGUAUCCGGAGCCAUAUGUUCCCAAGGAGACUCACAUCCUGCGCAAGUUCAAGGGCUGCACCCCCUCUCUCAUUGUACAUCUUCAUCCCACCCAUUUUCGCUUCGAUCAACAGGACGGCAGUUUCAGCUACCACUCCGAAAUGCGCGUCUUCAUCGAACAUCUCGCCAAGGGCACCAUUCCGCAUGACAUGGUGGAAGAGUUUCGGAAGUCAGAUGUCAAGUACUACGAUGGUUGGCUCAUAGUCCGGGUGGUGGACCAUAAGUCGGCCGCAAAAGGAGCCCUUGCCUCGGGUGCCGCUGCAGACGACGAGAGGCCGUUCUCUAUUCAUAAUUACAACCAAUACAUCACGCCCUCGCCUUAUGCGCCUUUCCCGACGAAAGAGCAGUCCGUCGCAAAAUCUCCUCCCCUCAAACAGGAACAGACCGACCAGGGAGGAGUACCUCCUUCCGAGCGGCCUAUCGAUGUCGUCCCCAAGUCAACCAGGCCGCAGCCGAAAGUCUAUCAUGUCGCGCUGCGACCAACCAUCCUAUCCCGACAUAUGGAUCUGGUCAUUGAUGCGAUGCAGCCGGAUCCGAAGUCAAUAGCUCGCAAAGGGUCACAAGCUACUGUGAGUGGCCGCGCAGCUGGUUCGGGCGCUCCUCAGACCCCGGUAUCGGGCAUGCCGCCAACUCCAUCUACCGAGAGAGGCCCGCCGUUCAAGAAGCAAAAGCUAAAGAUCGACCCAAAAGACAUGCUCGAAUAUGAGGGCAGAGUUGUGAAUGCCACGGCGCCCCCUCUAUAUCUCGACCCUGUGGAGGAUCUUGAAGAGGCCGAGACUCUGAUUCACAUGUUGAAAGAUCCACUGCACGAUCAACGGCCACCAUCCCCGAAGAGCCGCAAGAGAACGAUUGCCGAGCUUGCGGCCGAUGAUGCACAAGCGAAGGACCAAGAGCGGUUUAUGCUCGUUAUGGACGAGCGCACCGCCGGUACUAAUGGUGCUGGAAACGCAGGUGCUGCGGAUGGUCAAGCGGCUUCCGCAUUGUUCCAGCCGCGUUUCGAGAAAUUCAAUGCGCUCGAUAACAUUAAGCGUGAAAUCGCAGAGCGCAAGCAACGGGAGAAGGAUCGGCAGCUUCAAGAAGACGAGACUAGGAGGGGCCAGCAAGAGCGGAUGCAGGAGGAAGAGAAGAAGCGCAUCUUGAUGCACCGAACGCAAGAGGCUCGGCUGAUGCGUGCACGGCAGGCGGAAGUGGCGGCCGCUGUGGCUGCACAACAACAGCAACCUGCCCAGCCUGCACAACGGCCUCCUUCUUCUCAAGUUAAUGGCAUUCCUCCUAACAUGCGGAACCAGAUGAUGCAGGGCAGAUCGCCUGUCAUCCGCCAAGGCACUCCACAUAUGGCUUCCUCGCCUGUCGUCACGAGCGCUGCUCAGGGCGGAGCCCCUAUGGCUGUCUCCGGUUCGCAGCAAGGUCACGGAUCACCACCGAGACCGAGCUCGGCCGUACAGCAUGGUCAUCCCAGCGCUCCCAUGGCUAGAGGUCCUAGUCAGCAAGGCCCAAGUCGCAAUGGCACCCCACAAAUCCCUCAUGGCACCCCUGCUCAGAGGAAUGCCACGCCGAUCAUGCGGCAAAACACUCCUGCUCAGGCUGUUACCCAUGCUAGUCCACACGGUGUCACUCCUCAGAUGAUGCCCGCUGGCAUGAUGCCUGGCAUGCAGGCGCAGAUGCCGAAUGGUGUUCAUAGGCAACAGCUGAAUCCCCAACAGAUGGCCGAACUGCAGCGACGGCAUGCUCUGCAACAGCAACAACAAGCGGCCAUGCAGAAUGGAAUGGUUAAUGGCACUCCUCAGAUCUCUCCCGCUCAGAUGGCCCAGAUGCAGGCACAGCAGGCGCAAGCUCAAGCCAACCGAGAGGCCGCAAUCCGGCAGCAGCAGCAGCAACAAGCCAUGCAGUCGCAGCAAGGGACCCCCCAAACCACGCAUAUGUCGCCGGCUCCGAGCCAGAAUCAGAAGGCGUACAAUCAGCAAGUCGCAGAGGCCAUGAAGGCUCAAAUGCAGAGCCUCCAGCAGCAGGGACAAAAUCACGGCUCACCUGCACCUAAUCAUAUGACUCCUCAACAGCAGCAAGCCCAGAUGGUCCAUGCCCAACAGCAGCAACAGCAGCGGAUGAUGCAAGCUCAAGGUCAAAUGAUGGGCCAGGGCAUGCCGCAUCCGCAACAGCGGGUUCAGAUGGAUUCUGAUGCGCAACGGCAGCAGUACCAGCGGUUCUUCCAAGCGUACCAACAACGAUUCGCAGCAGCAGCCGCCGUCAAGUACGGCGGAAAUCCACAGAUGCUUCAACCUCAGGAAGUGCAGCAGAUCAAGGCGCAAGCUCAACAGAUGGCGGCACAGCAAAUGCACAAGCAACGACAAAUGGGAGCUCAAGCGAACCAGGCACAGGCGAUGCAGCAAAUGCAACAACUCCAAGCGCGCCAGCAGAUGGCACAGCAGCAAGGAGGAGGCGGCAUGCCCAACGGCAUGAUGGGAAUGCAGAACAUGCAAGGAGGUCAGGUGCCCCCUAACAUGGCGCAGCUUCUCCAGCAGCAGCAAGCGCAGCAGAUGCAACAGAUGCAGAUGCAGCACGCACAACAGAUGAUGGCCCAGCAGCAACAGCAUCAACAGCAGCAGCAGCAGCAAAAUAUGCAGUUCCAGCAGAGAUAG